AUGCCUCAACCGACUUCCCUCCCGGCCUGGCAGGACCUUGAGAGCCACUUCAAGACGGUCGGUAAGACCUUCGUCUUGAAGGAGGCCUUUGCUCAGGACCCUGAGCGCUUUGCCAAGCUCUCCAAGACCUUCCACGACUCCCCCUCCAAGACCGAUAUCCUCUUCGACUUCAGCAAGAACCUGGUCACCCCCGAGACCAUUGACCUGCUGGUCAAGCUGGCCGAGCAGGCUGGCCUCGAGAAGAAGCGUGAUGCCCUCUUCGCUGGCGAGAGAAUCAACUUCACAGAGGACCGUGCCGUCUACCACCCCGCCCUGCGCAAUGUCGGCGGCUGGGAGAUGAAGGUCAAUGGCGAAGACGUCAUGAACAACUCUGGCGGUGUUAACGAGGUCCUGAACCACAUGAAGGAGUUCUCGGAGCAGGUUCGAAGCGGCGAGUGGAAGGGUUUCACUGGCAAGAAGCUGACCAACAUUGUCAACGUUGGUAUCGGUGGCUCUGACCUUGGUCCCGUCAUGGUGACAGAGGCUCUGAAGUUCUACGGUGCCAAGGACAUGACUCUGCACUUUGUGUCCAACAUUGACGGUACUCACAUGGCCGAGGCUCUGAACGCCUCCGAUCCCGAGACCACCCUCUUCCUGGUUGCCUCCAAGACAUUUACCACUGCCGAGACGACCACCAACGCCAACACUGCCAAGAAGUGGUUCCUCGAGAAGACUGGCAACAAGGGCGAGAUCGCCAAGCACUUUGUUGCUCUGUCCACCAACGAGGAGGAGGUCACCAAGUUUGGCAUUGACAGCAAGAACAUGUUUGGCUUCGAGAGCUGGGUUGGCGGCAGAUACUCUGUCUGGAGUGCCAUUGGCCUGAGUGUCGCCCUCUACAUUGGCUACGACAACUUCCACAAGUUCUUGGCCGGUGCCCACGAGAUGGACAAGCACUUCCGCGAGACUCCUCUCAAGGACAACAUUCCUGUUCUCGGUGGUCUGCUGAGCGUUUGGUACAGUGACUUUUUCGCCGCUCAGACUCACUUGGUCGCUCCCUUUGACCAGUACCUCCACCGCUUCCCUGCUUACCUGCAGCAGCUGUCCAUGGAGUCCAACGGCAAGACCAUCACUUCGGACGGUACCCCGGCCAAGUACACCACCGGACCCAUCCUGUUCGGCGAGCCCUGCACCAACGCACAGCACUCCUUCUUCCAGCUUGUCCACCAGGGAACCAAGCUGAUCCCUACCGACUUCAUCCUUGCAGCCAAGUCCCACAACCCCAUCUCGGACAACCUGCACCAGAAGAUGCUUGCAUCCAACUACUUUGCCCAGGCUGAGGCUCUGAUGAUCGGCAAGACGGCCGACCAGGUCAAGGCUGAGGGAACUCCCGAGAACUUGGUGCCCCACAAGGUCUUUAUGGGCAACCGACCCACCACCUCCAUUCUCGUUGGUGGCAGCAUUGGCCCGGCCGAACUUGGUGCUCUGAUUGUCUACUACGAGCACCUUACUUUCACCGAGGGUGCCAUUUGGGACAUCAACAGCUUUGACCAGUGGGGUGUCGAGCUGGGCAAGGUCCUGGCCAAGAAGAUCCUCAAGGAGCUCGACGAGCCCGGCAAUGGCGAGGGCCACGAUGCCAGCACUGGCAGCUUGAUUGGUGCUUUCAAGAAGUACGCUUCGCUAUGA